AUGAGAGCAGUUCUUAUCCCGAUCGUUGCGUACCUCUUUUCCCGGGUCCACGUAGUGGCAGUCACGGGGGAGGAACAGCAAUAUGUCGACCAUUGCACCAAGGCAUAUGGGCCCAACACCAGCAUCCGCCCCGCUGAGGGUGGUGGUUAUCAGUGUGUUAUGUGUGCAGGCUCGGCAUACAAUGACCCUGUGACUGGAGAUAGAAAAUGCUGCAAUCGACUGAACGAGGUAUUUUCUGCGGAUAGUGUCACGAAAGCUGAAGGCGGUUGCUGUCAGCCAAAUAUGGCAUAUUCCUACGACCCGGUCACAAAUUCUGGGAGAUGCUGUGGGCCAGGAGAGAGAUACCGCGAUGGCGACUGUCACCGGGAGGAGCCCCUUCCAGCCAGAUGUAUGGCAUGCAGUAACAAAUUCGCUUGUCAAUGCGAUGGAAACCUGGGCAUUCGGUAUGGUCAUUGUUAUACCAUGACGGACAUCAACGGACUGCACUUUAACCGGGCUGUUGAUGGAACAUACCAGUCUGGUGGCGACAUCGACAACCUCAUUUUUAAAGUCUGCAAAACCACCGCCGACUGCGACGCCGACAAGGGCCGAUUCGUGCCGGACGACGGCACCUGGUCUCUCCAGGACCAGCUGGGCCAGCGCGGAGACACGGGGCCGGGCUGGUUCGGCAACCAACUGCCGCACAUGGCUAUUGCCAACUUCAAGACACCGGCUCUCGCAGCUAUCUUCCGCGGCGAGGGCUACUGCAUGUAUGGCGACUGUGCGAUCUGUCUGCGUCUCUUCCCCGACAAGGGGCUGUCGGCGCCGUGCCCGCUCGGCGCAUCGGCUGCCAUGGCACAUAUUGGGGCGGCGAACAACCCACUGAACUGCAAAGCAUACCGGUUCCAAGAAAUCAAGUGUGUCAAGGGCGUUCCGGCGAGGCCAGCGUAG